UUUCGGCGUUAGGUUUUGGAAGGACAAUCCAAACCAAAGCUGAGCAGUUAGCUGAGCUCCAUACAGCGAAACAAAGUGGAGAUGGCAAUGGAGAUGGACAGCCCGAAACCUUUUCAUGUAGACGUGGGAAAUCUUUUGGCUUUUAACCCUUUUCAUAGCUUUCCUUCGCUCCCGGCUUCCAGGGAUGAGCUAGUGAAGGAAUGCUUAAAGGAGGGCAGCAAGUUAGUUCAAGAAGUUGCAGAUAGUCUUUUUAACUUGCCUUCAACUGAAGAUGUAGAUGGACCACUUGUUAAGUUGCCUCCCACAACAACAAAACUUCCUAGGGAGAAGCAUCUUCCGAAGCCUAAACCUCCCACAAAAUGGGAGGAGUUUGCUAAAAAGAAAGGUAUAAAGAAACGUAAAAAGGACAAAGUUGUAUGGGAUGAACAGACUGGUACAUGGAAACGUCGUUUUGGUUAUGAUCGUGUCAAUGAUGAUAAAGAUAUACCAAUCAUCGAGGCCAAGAUGACUGAUGAGCCAGGAGUGGAUCCUUUUGCUAAAAGACAAGAUGAUAAGAAGAAACGAGUUGAGAAACAAGAGAAGAAUCGCCUCCAGAACUUGAAACAAGCUGCAAAAAUUGGUGCUUUGCCAAGCCAUGUUCAGCUUGCUGCUACUGCUCUGCCCAUAACAGGAACACAGGCUCCACCUAAGAAAGUUACGAAAGAUGAAUUAGGGAAUGUAGCUGGGAUGGCCGCUACUUCUACAGCUAGUGGCGGGAAAUUCGAUAGGAAGUUGCCUGGAGAAAAGCCUGCUAAAAAGCAAGGAAAGCAUCGCAAGUUCUUACCUGUUGUCGAAGGAUCAGGGAUAGGCUCGCGAGAGAAGGAACAAACCGAGAGUGUUCUAAAUAAGCUAAUCUCUAAGCAUUCGCAUGAGAUACUCAAUGUUAACAAGGCUGUUACUAUGUAUAAUGUGAAGAAAGAGAAGAAAGCUAGGAGUAAAAGGAAUCAAGAAGGGAAGUCCUCAUCAACCACAAACAAGUUGAAACCAAAAAAGCAGCUUCAUAAGAAGACUGGCCAAAAGAAAGGAGGAGCAGGGUCUUCCAAGAAAGGGAAGGCAAAAUGACUUUAUCACUGGGUUCCAGUAGAUCUUGUACGAUCGCAAUUUUGUUUACUGGGGAACAAUAGAGUUUUAUUUAUCAAAUCAUGUAUUGCUUAAAGGCAGGUUUUAAUUUUACAGCAUUCUUCCUGCUGACCUCUUGCUCCAGAGAAACAAUCAAAACUAAUUAUGUUUCA